GAGAAAACAAACAAACGACGAAGUAUUGACGCAAACCGAGAAAAAAAGAAGAGAAAUCAGAAACGAGGAAAGAAGCAGGUUGUAGAUCAGCUGACAUUUCAACAGCAUAUAUAUAAAAACCGGUGCGCGCCAAACCCACCGAAUUCCCCAGUUCACACGGGUCGCGUGCGUCUACUACGAUUCUUCAUAGUUACGCCAAAAUGGAUGAUUUCUUCAAUUGAAUUUCAGCUCGGAAACCCAUGGCUUCGUCGCCGUCGUUUCUCACCGGCGAGAGAGCUGUGGCAGCACUCUUCAUUGCUCGAAUUGUCUUUUCUAUCCCUCAAUCGCUCCUCUCCGAAUCCCUCUCCCUUUCUCUCCUCUCUGUCCUCGCUCUCUCUGUCGAGAUCUCCGUCGAUGCCUCUUCUUCAGUUUCCCUCCCUCACUUCUUCAAAACCAGGCCUGGUGCAUCAUCAGGUAUAUUUUUGGGGGCAGUAACGCUUCCUGGGCUUAUGGUAUCAAAGUUGAUCCAGGUUUCAAGAGCAGUAUCUUUAAGUCAAGUUGGAACUGAAGAGCUUGAAAAUCUGCAACUACUAUAUUGGGUGACAUCUGCAAGUUGCGUCACCGUGCUAGCUUAUCUCUGCUUCAUUUUUUACCGUCAAUCAGACAGCAAGAAUUGUGCUACUUUUCGUAUUAGCUUAAGUUGCAUAGCGUUGUAUUGCGGAGUGUGCUGUGUCUCAUUUGCUGUGAAAUCUCAUGAUGGGUGGUAUGCAGUAGCAAUCUUAUUGUGGCUGUUCUUUCAUGGAUUUGCAGCAGUAAAACUAAUUCAGAAUAUUCUUCACACUUUUCCAGCAUGCGCUUCAAUUGGAGAAGCAUUACUGGUUACUGUUGGCCUUGUUAUCUAUUUCAGUGAUAUGCUAGCUUGUACUGCUGCUAAGUCCCAUGGUUACUUUACUGCAUCUAAGCUAGUGACAGUACCAUAUGGAGUCCAGAGAAGUGAAGUUAGCAUUAUUAUUCAGGGAUUGAUUACUGGCCUUCUUGUUUUCCCUAUGCUAUUUAAAAGCGUGCUUCAAAUUUUGGAGCGGGUCAGCUCGGCACCUUCUAGAGAUAGAGGAGAUGAUCAAAUGAGGCGAUCUUUUGUGUUCUAUGUUUCCCUCGUAUGUGUUCUUGUUGUAGCUGUGCCAUCAUGGAUGCAGCUUGUUCAAGAUUUUCAUGUGCACCCUUUUCUGUGGGUAUUGGACUUUGUUCUGUCAGAACCGCUUAAAAGGUUGUCGUUGUGUAUCUAUUGGUUGGUUGUUAUUUAUGUAUCAGUUAUCCGGUUUUACAACAUUUCAAAGAGCAGUAAGAUUGAGAGGAUUCUUCUUCGGAAAUACUACCAUUUAAUGGCUGUUUUGAUGUUUGUUCCUGCUCUCAUACUUCAGCCGAAGUUUCUUGAUCUGGCUUUUGGUGCAGCUUUGGCAGUUUUCUUGAUAUUGGAAACUAUACGAAUAUGGAGAAUCUGGCCCUUGGGACAGCUUGUGCACCAAUUUAUGAAUGCCUUUACGGAUCAUCGUGACACUGAUCUUCUUAUUGUCAGCCAUUUUUCACUCUUAUUAGGAUGUGCACUUCCUAUCUGGUUGUCCUCUGGUUUCAGUGACCGACCAUUAGCCCCUUUUGCUGGGAUCUUGAGCCUUGGAAUUGGAGAUACAAUGGCAUCAGUGGUUGGCUACAAGUAUGGGGUCCUCCGCUGGAGUAAAACUGGCAAGAAGACAAUUGAAGGCACUGCUGCUGGCAUAACAUCUGUCCUGGCUGCAUGUUCCAUUCUACUUCCACUUCUAGCUACAUCUAGAUACAUCUUAGAUCAGAACUGGUUUUCUCUUCUUUUCGCUGUGACAAUAAGCGGUCUGUUGGAAGCCUACACUGCCCAGCUGGAUAAUGCGUUCAUACCUCUGGUGUUCUAUAGCCUUUUGUGUCUGUGAACACCUAUCCGCUGAUCCAUGAACUUUAAACUACUUUUCUGAAAACAACACGCUGAUCUUUUGACAGUAUCAUUUAAGCACACAUUCUUUUUGUAGAUAUCACUGUAGUAGAGUUACUUGACAUGUACAAUAGGUUUGAUAGGAGAAAAAGCAAAAGCUACUCUUUUGUAAUCUAGAUGCAGAAUUUGUUUACCGAAAGGUUCAAGUAAAUUUUUUUUCUUCAAAUGUUGUAGUUGUAACUUUUGCCUUUUAUACUUCAUCCUCCUUUAACGGUAUGGAUGUAAAUAAAAUAGUCAAUCAGAGCUUACAGGCGCUAGGAGAGAAGUAUUUGUCGAAA